CGUUUUCCGAAACGCCUCUUCGGGCGAAUUCCGGCUUGGUCCCGCCGCCUGACUUGGGACGGGUUGCCAGAGGCCCCGGCAGAUCCGUUUCUUCGUCCUUGGAUGGUUUGGCACUGCGGUGCUGAACUGGAAGAGGGUGGAGAAGAUCCAAGGACUUUGCUGUGAGAAGCGCUCCUUUUGAGUGGGCACCUUUCUUGGCUGCUGCAGGUCCUGCUGGGGAUUUACAUCUGGCUUCAAUGUGAAAUUAAGGUAGAAAAAUGCACAUAAACAUGUGUUUCCUGUUAAGAUUUAGUGUACUCUGGUUAUGCCUGAAGAGUGGGUCUUGUCUUUAGACUGAUAACUGCCAGCAAAUAUAAAUGAUUGUCCUAGAUGUCAAGCGUGUCUCCUCCGUACUGGAGUGAAAAUAUCCACCUCCAGGUCCCCACGGAAUAUCAUCUACAGAAAAUGCUUCAUGUUCUAAGGAUGAAAGCCACCUAGAUUCAUGCACCUAGUCUAUACAGUUGUUGUGGAUGGUUUGCCAUCUGAAAGCUCCUCAAGCUCCUGUCUGGGUCCUGUAUCUUUUUCUGAAAUGUCUCUGCUUCAGGCUUUGGGCCCUGUGCAGACCUGGCUGGGACAAGAGCUAGAAAAAUGUGGCAUUGAUGCCAUGAUUUAUACUCGCUAUGUCCUCAGUCUUCUGCUGCAUGAUAAUUAUGACUACGAUCUGCAGGAACAGGAGAAUGACAUCUUCCUGGGCUGGGAAAAGGGAGCUUACAAGAAAUGGGGGAAAAGUAAGAAAAAGUGUUCUGAUCUUACACUAGAAGAAAUGAAGAAACAGGCUGCUGUUCAGUGUCUUCGCUCUGCUUCUGAUGAAAGUUCUGGGAUUGAGACAUUAGUGGAGGAACUUUGUUGCAGGCUAAAAGAUCUCCAGAGUGAACAAGCGGAGGAGAAGAUUUCAAAAAGACUUGAGGACUCUUUGCCUCCUGAAAUAGAUUUAUCUCCUGCAGCAAAAGAUCAAGUAGAAAUGUAUUAUGAGGCGUUUCCACCUCUUUCCCAGAAACCAGUUUGCCUGCAAGAAAUCAUGACUGUAUGGAAUACAUCCAAAAUGUGUUGUUACUCCAGUACCUCCUCAUCUUCCACUGUCCCAGCAACUAGCACAGAUACAUCAUCUCCAAAGGACUGCAUUAGUGAAAAUGAAGCAUCCAAAGAGAGAAGUAGUAACAAAGCAUCUGUAACUAUACAGGAGAGAGCCACACAAAAGAAUGAUAAAGAUGAAAAAGAGAAUAAGUUUGGGAAUCGUAUUGAAGGAAAAUCUGUUUCAUACAAAAAGCAAGUCCGGCAUAAAUCUGAGGGAAAGAUACGUCUUCGAUCCUGGUCUUCUGGCUCCAGUGAAGAAGGUUCAAAUUCUAGUGGCAAUCAUGGUGAAUUAAAAGCAGCUACAAAAUAUGUAAAAAUAAGGCAUAAAACAAGGGAGGCUCGGAGUAAAAAAGGACGGAAUGGACAAAGUAGGUAUUUGCCAAAAGCUGGUGAAAAAACUGAAAGGAAAAUUCCUGGCAGCAGCAAUGGAUCCAUCAAGCAGCUAUGUAAAAGGGGUAAACGGCCAUUAAAAGAAAUUAGACGAAAAGAAGGUGGAAACCAUGAGAGAAAAGAGCUAUAUUUUGAUAGCAGGAAUGAAACUGAGUAUAAGGAGGAGCCUUUAUGGUAUACUGAGCCAAUUACAGAAUAUUUUGUUCCCCUGAGUAGAAAAAGUAAGCUUGAGACAACAUACCGCAACAAGCAAGAUGUAUGUGAUGCAACAUCAGAGGCUGUAGAAGAAUUAGCUGAAUCAGUGCAAGGUCUUUGCAUUAGUAACAACAAUAAUAUUAAUAAAACAUACCUCGCAGCAGGUACUUUCAUUGAUGGUCAUUUUGUGGAAAUGCCUGCGGUUUUAAAUGAGGAUAUUGGCCUCACUAGGACCUCAAUAUGUUCUCCACCAGAGGACAAUAUACAUUCAGAUGGUGUUCAUCUGUCAGAACUAACACACUUCUAUGAAGUGGAUAUUGAUCAAUCCAUGUUGGAUUCUGGUGCCUCAGGCAAGAUGCAAGGAGAAAGUCGGAUUUUGAAUAUGAUUCGGCAGAAAAGUAGAGAAGGAACUGAUUUUGAGGCAGAAUGUUGCAUAGUGUUUGAUGGAAUGGAAUUGAAAGGGGAAAGUGCAAUAUGGGCAGAUUCAGCCACCUCUGGUGCUGAAGGGUGGUUCUUGCAAGAUCUUAGUAAUUUAGCUCAAUUUUGGGAGUGCUGUUCAUCUUCUAGCUCUGGUGAUGCAGAUGGGGAAAGUUUUGGAGGAGAUUCUCCUAUUAGACUUUCCCCUACGUUAGACAGCACAAUGCUUAAUUCAUACAUGCUUGCAGGCAAUCAAGAGCUGUUUUCAGAUACUAAUGAAGGGUCUGGUUUAAAUUCUUUUUCAGUGUUUGAAGUGCAAUGCAGUAAUUCUGUCUUACCAUUUCCUUUUGAAAAACUAAAUUUGGGAAAUGAAAAUACAGAUUCUAAUAGCAAUGUUGGUAUGUUUGGGAAAACACAGUCUAGAUUGUUAAUAUGGACCAAAAAUAGUGCCUUUGAUGAAAAUGAACACUGUUCUAAUCUGUCAACAAGAACUUGUAGUCCAUGGUCAUAUUCUGAAGAAACACGUUCAGACAAUGAGACUUUAAAUAUUCCAUUUGAAGAAUCCCCUCAAUUUAACUCUGAUGAUAUUAAUUAUGUAGUUCCCAGAGUAUCUUCAAGUUAUGUAGAUGAAGAAAUUGUAGAUUUUUUGCAAGAGGAAACCUGCCAGGAACAGACAAGAUCUUUAGGAGAAAUACCUACUUUAAUUUUCACAAAGAAGUCAAAACUAGAAUCUGUCUGUGGUAUUCAGCUAGAACAAAAAACAGAAGAUAAAGAAUAUGAGACUCCACAAGUGUGUAGUGACAGUAGUCCACAUGAAGAUGACUAUGGCUCAGGAGUUAUGAAAGACAUCUGGACAAAUAUGACAGAUGAAAAUUCUGCAGCAAUUGUAGAAAUAGAAGGAAUAGAAGAGGAACUGUUUCCAGCUGAUGUAAAUCAUUAUUGUUGCUGCUUAAAUGAUGCAAAGGUAGAAAUUCUUCAAGGUCCUAACAAAGCAGUGCAAAGAUCAGAAUACCAUCUUUGGGAAGGUCAGAAAGAAAAUUUAGAGAAAAGAGGCUUUGCUUCAACCAAUUUAUCAGAAAUAGAUUGUGGAGAUUAUACUACACCCUCUAAAUCAUGGGAUGUUAACCAAGAUAAAGAAAGUUCAUUUAUUCUUGGUGGUGUGUAUGGGGAACUGAAAACAUUCAACAGUGAUGGAGAGUGGGCAGUAGUGCCCCCCAAGCACCCAAAAGGAAACUUACUACAGUGUGCAGCUUCUGAUGUAGUCACAAUAGCUGGUACAGAUGUCUUCAUGACACCAGGAAAUAGCUUUGCUCCUGGUCACAGACAAUUAUGGAAACCUUUUGUAUCAUUUGAACAGAAUGAGCAUUUGAAAUGUGGUGAUCAUGGAUUAAAUAGAGGUUUUUCAUUUAUCUUCCAUGAAGACUUGUUAGAAGCUUGUGGUAAUUUUCAAGGUGAAGAGUCUGGUCUUGAGUAUUCUUUCUCUUCCUUUGACUUAAAUAAUCCAUUUUCACAAGUUCUUCAUGUCGAAUGUACAUUUGAACCAGAAGGAAUUACAUCCUUCAGCCCUUGCUUUAAACCCAAAUCAAUCCUUUGCUCUGAUUCUGACAGAGAAGUUUUUCGCCCUAGAAUAUGUGGUGCUGGGAGGACGCAGUACAGAGCAAUACGGAUUUCUCCUAGGACUCACUUUCGCCCCAUUUCUGCAUCUGAACUUUCUCCAUGUGGUGGAAGUGAAUCUGACUUUGAAUCGGAGAAGGAUGAGGGGAAUAUUCUUAUCUCUUCUCAAGCUGAAGCAUUUGAUGAUCCACAAGCAGAUCUGAAACCACUGGAAGAGGAUGCAGAAAAAGAAGGGCAUUAUUAUGGCAAAUUAGAACUUGAGUCUGGGAAGUUCUUUCCUACAUUAAAAAAGUGUGGGAUGGAAAAGAGUGCACAGACAUCUCUGGACUCCCAGGAAGAAUCAUCUGGAAUAUUGCUGGUAGAAAAUGAGAGUUCUUGCUUAGAAUGCAGUAUGAAAGAUGUGCAAGACACAAUGGCUGUGAAAAAUUCUGAAGCUAGCUGCAAUGUUGUGGAGCCACAAGAAGAGGAAGACAAGUCUUGCAGUUGCAAAGAAAGCUCAUCAGCGCAGCUGAAAGAGUUUCCUGUAUUGAACAAUGACCUUCAGAAAAUAAGCUACAAUCAAGCAAAACAGUGCUGGUGGGAGAAAGCUCUUUAUACUCCACUCUUUCCUACAUCACAGUAUGAAGACCCCUUACAGGUACUCUGCUUCUGGACUCCGGGCAUGCAUGUGCACCACGAACCCCAUUGCUGUAACUGGGGAUUAAAAGACAAGGCACCUCACAUAGAAUCAGAGAUGGGUGACAUUGCAACAGAACAGCUGCUGGACAAAGAGUUCCGGUGCGAUUCCCUACAUUUGAUGAGUAACCAGGCAGCCAUUCAACAUACACAGAAGCAAGGAUAUUCUUCUCACACCUUGUCAUGUAGACAACAAGGAAGAUCUACAGCUUCAGCAGCUGCCAAAUGCUAUACAAAUGUCAAGAGGGAAAACAGUGUUGAAGAAUUCACAGAUGUGAAAGAAUUACUACACAGUGAAGAACAUCUUCAAGAUUUUAAUAUGGUUUCUUCCAUGCAUGAAGCAAGGUGUACAGAUCCUAGAGAUUCUGAAGUAAAAUCAAAUGGCUUUAGAAAAAAGUUAUACUCCAGCGACAGCUCCAGUUCUGAAGCAUCAGAAGGUGGAAAUGGAUGGACAGACCCUUGUGAAGAGGAGCUUUUUUCUCGAACUCACCUAUAAAGCUAUAGAAUAAAAGGAUGGUUUGAAGAAUAACAUGAGAUGGUAAACUCUUCCAGAAGGCUUGUAACUCAGCAACAAAUUGAGUUCUUCCUUCAUAUAAUGGAUUCAGAAGUGUAUUUAUCUUUCUCUUCUUGGUAUUUUAUUUUUAAUAGUGGGAUAUGGUCCCGCUAGAAGCUUUUUUUCCCUUUUCUCCAAACUAUUAGCUCCUUGGCUAUUUGGACCUAGAGUAGAUUGUGGUGUCAAAUCAAGAAUGGAUGUGCAUGUGAUUGUCUUAGUAGUAUCACUGCUCUUUUGCAUCCUAGCUGCAGUUAUUUUUAUUUUCAACUGCAGCUCUAUCAGUAUUACUAUCCUACUAGCAUUGCAGUGUCUACGACUAUUCAGAGAUUUUAUCUUUUAGCACAUUUAGGCUUUUAAGAUUUGGGAGAUAAAUACUUAACACUGUAAUCUAUCAGUGCCUUUCUGAAUGUGAGAGGAAAGCAUGUAUGGCUUGUCCUGUCUUUUAAGAUCUUAUAACUUGGGAGUAGAAAUACUAGGGCUGUGCUUUAGAGACUUUCAGAAACUGUACUUUCUAUUCUAGGAUCUCUUCUCCUAACAUGCAUAGAAACAAACAGAGUUGGAACAAUUGUUUGUUACCUUCUUGUUAACUGAAAAAGCUGUGGAUCUUUGCAGGGACGGGGAGGAAGAAAUAUGAUUAUUCCCCCUUUUCCCCUCUUGUUUUCAGGGCUUAGUAUUUCUUCUUUUUCAGGACUCAGUGUUGAAAAGUAGAUGAUCCAACAAAUGACACUACAGCCUGAACCAAGCACACUUACUUCAAUGAUACAUGCUUGUAAGUGUACUUAGGAUUGCAUUGUGGGGAAAUUAAUGAACAGUGAACUUUGUAAUGAGCUUCAUAUAGUUGGCCUGAACAACGAAAGAAAUCUUAAGAGUCAAUGUUCAAUAUUUUAUAUGCAGAGGAUUAGUAUAUCUCUCAAAAUAAAUCCAGUGGCUCCUGCAGUUAGCUACUAUUAUGGCUGUAAUUUAGUAAAAUUUGUAGCUAACUUUGUGCCCUGAGAGAAUGUUAGGAGUAAGUUGUGUGUUGUGGGCGGGAGUGGGAACAUGAUUUACAUGUGUGAUUGCAGUAGUGAUUGUUGCUUUAUGUGACCUGCUCUUAACGUUUAUUUUAACAUAGUCAAUGCAUCUGUCAAAAUGUAACUGUGCAAGACUAUCAACUCCCUGUGCUAAUAAUGUAUUAUGCAAAUCAUAAGAGUCAGGAGGAGCAAUAUUGGUUUAUACCAUUUCAUAGUUUUAAAAAACUAUACAAUAGCAGCAUGUUUAAGACACCAGAAAGAACAGAAAGCUUACUGUUGACUUGAAAAUGCUAAGCCAUUAAUUUUAAUAGGCAAGAAACUCUUUAACAAUUAUAGUUGUUUGAAAUGGUAAGCUGAACUGGCUUUAAAAUUUUAUUCUGUGCUAGUGAGCUUAAUUGGAUUGAAUGAAGUUUUUUGCCUUUUCUUAAUUGAUAGUACAUGAUUUAAGAUCUAGGGUAUCAACUCCUUGUACGGGUUGUAUAUUAUCCUUUCCGUUGAAACUUCAACUCCAUUGGCUUGGUUUGUACCUUCCAGGGAAAUGUUAUUAAUAACAUGAAUAAUGGCUUUUAAGCUACUUUAUUUUAGCAUCCAUACUAUAAAUCUUUACAGUGUUUUUUUUUCUUAUUUGAAAUUUUGGAUAUGUGUUUAAAUAUUUACUUUCUUCUGGAGCUUCCUUUAAAAUGUUGUAUAGCACAUGCACUAAGGAUAUUGUUGUCAGUAUGAAAGCAAAAAGAACAAAACUGAUAAAUCCUAGUGAUUAAUGUAAAGAAUCAUUGUUAGAAUUAUGAAAAGCCAAAUGGGAAUAUUUGGGGAGGGAACAACCCACACUUUGAAAAUUCAGCUUAUUUGGAUAGAGAUCUCAGUGAAAGGAUGGUUCAUUUCAUUAUGAUUCAAUAUUCUAACACCUUUGAAAAUAUGUAUGUUACAUGUGUGGGCAAUAACAAAUAAUAUUUAUUUGUUUCAUAACUGAAUGGAUAAAAUUCUGAAGCUUUCCAGUGAGAAAGUGGAUGUGUGAGUUCGUGUUUCUGUUUUUCUGCAAGGAUAAUUUAAAAGUGGAGAUGCUGAAAUGCACUGUGGUAUGAAGCGCAUUGCAUAUCCAUAGCACUGAAGUAUCAGUUUUUCAUUCCUGGGCUGAACUUGUUUCUACCUUUUUGCUUCAAGUGGUUGUAUUGUUCUGAUUUCACAUACAUCAGAGUAACUGAAUUUGGUUUUUUGUGGAGUUACUUAACACCAAAUAAAAAAUAAAAGGAUAAUUAAAUUGUGUUGUCUUUGUUCAAUAUGCAAAAUUCCUUAUUAAACAGCACUGUACAAAUAUGGGAACUAUGUACAAUUCAGCAAAACCUUUAGGGACCCCCAUUUAGUUGCCUUCUGAUGCAAUAGCUAAAAUGUUGUGUUGACCUCUCCCCCCAAAAUAACGUGUCAGGUCUGUUGUUACCAAAGCAGUCCAGACAGUUAACAUAAUGUAUGUCAUUUGCAUAAUGACAAAAUAAUAUCAGUUGUAUCAGUUAAUUAUGCAGCUUACGUAAAUUGAUACAAAUGAUAUAAAUCACAUCAGUUAAAUUCAUCUUUAACAGAUAUCCUUUCCCCCAAACUGGUCUGUAAAAUCAAAAGUUUUGCUAUAGUAUAUGUUCAGUCAAAGGCCUUUAUUGCCUCAUACUGAAUCGUAACACAAUUUAUAUGUAUCUAUUAGAAAGCAGUGCAAAAUGAGCAUAAAAAUACUGCUUGCUAAUGUCAUGCCAUCUCUUCUCACACUAAAUUGAGCAGCUUAAAAAAAAAUCCUAUGAUUAUCGGUUUCUGUCACUGAAUAACAUAAACAAUUAUGCUUGCCUGUCUCAAGGAAAUUCCUGUAACUCUCAUCUUCAGGCAUAAAAGAGAAAUAGCUGUAAGUGCUGCCUUGGCAGGUGGUACUUGAAGGUUCGCUAGCUAGUGUGGAUGCUGUAAGUGUUACAGAUGGCUGUUUGGUAAUGUUACAAGGAGUUUGGUUUUGUUUUCCUGUGCCUGAAUAGAAGCCGAUACACCUUUAGAGAGGAAGUAUAUACAGUGGCUUAGGCAUUCAAAUAAAUGAAAAGUUCCUUUUAUAAACUUCCCAAUGCAUAUACCUUAAGCUUGUGCUAACCAGAGACUCAAGAAGAUUGAGUUCAGUGCACACUGUUGAGAAAACAACAUCUGAGUUCCCAAAUUGAGUCAUCUCGUAUUAUAGAGCUUUUAUAGACAGAACUAAAAAGGUUCAAAGCCUCUAGGCAAACUGAAUGGUCACAGCAGUUAAUUUUGUAGUUUGCAUCCUGGACUUUUUAUUCAGGUAGUAUUGCAUAUCAGUUCCUUAUAAUAGGUGAUUAUUAUGCUGUGAAUCUUGAAAAAGCAAUUUCAGCCCAACCUGAGAAUUUGUGAAAGCAUCAGCUGCAGAGGCGAAUAUAAUCAUGUUCUUAAUAAAAGUAUUUUCAAAAGUAUUUCUAGAAACACACAUUGAAUCAGAAGAUAACAGAGUGAGCUCACGAGGCCUUAGCAGUGAACUCCCCAAAUGGCAACUUUUCAGCAAAUUGCCAGAUCUGUCAAAGUAAAAGAUAAAUAAUAGGCUUACCAUGUUAAAAUUCUUGUGUAUUUUUUCUAUCUUUUAAUCAAACACGUUGAAGAUAUAUAAACAAGAAACAGGAAAAAGAGAUAAAAAAUAUAAUACAGAUGAAUAAAUGUAUGAAAAGGGGAGGUUAAUAUAUCAUGGAAGUUAUAGUUUUCCAAUAUAUUGUUACAUAAUUAGUUAAUAAUGAGUAACAUUUUCAUUUUAAAUCAGUUUUAAAUAUUUUAAAGGACUAAAAACUGCUCUUAAGCUGGAAGCAAAAUAUGAAUAUCAAUAACCAUGAAUACGAACCGUAUAAAUUAUCAAGUGAAAUUGCAAUCUACAAUAAAUUCUAUCCGUGUUCCUAAAAAUCUGCUCUGAUAUGGAAAUCCUAUGUAGACUUUGAGCAUAGAAAUCCAAUUUUUUUGAUUUGGUACAAGUCCACGUAGUUUAAAAAUGGCUUCCACUUUUAGUUAAAUUCCAAAUCAGAUUUACUUUGAAGAUAGGAUUACUGAAGCACACUCCCACAGCUUUGAUAGCCAUUCUUCCAUUGAAGGGAACAUAGACUUUUCCAAUAAAGAGUGUAUAAUAUCUUUGCAGCAAUUGGUAUGUACAAAGUUAGUUCAGGUAUAUUUUGAGGAAAUUGAUCGUUUAAUAAAAAUAUUGUAGGUUGAAAUGAGAAUUCAACUUUUACAUUUGUUUUAUUCUGUUAUGAAUUAUUUUUCAGAUUUGUUGCAAUUGUUAAAGUAUUGCUACCAGAUGUAAAAGAAUGAUCCGCCUGCUCAUUACAUCUCCAGCAAGUUUUAGAAAAUGAAUUAACAAUUUUAGCAAUCAAAACUCGAGUAAUAUACCAACAUUAAAAUGUCUUAUACCGAUUUUCUCUAAGUGUAAUUUUUUAGGUUAAUGUAAUACUCUCCUAUUGAAAUUUCAUUGUUGCAAAUUGAUUACUACUUCUAAAUUCUGCAUCCAUAUAAUCAUGUGGUCUUUGACUUUUUGGUUUCUGAAUCAUAUUGCACCAGCAAUUUAUAAAGAAGGCCCAGCAGUUGCUCCAAACUAUGUCUUAAAAGAUUUUCAAAUUCACUCAGGUCUCUAAGGGUUCUUCUUUGUUUCUGCAAUUCUUUUGAUUCUGGGCUAUUUAUGUGAAGUUACAAAAAUCAGUCCAAUGAACGAGACCAUUGUGAAGUAAGAAUCUCAAAAGUUUUUAUCUUCGUGUUAUUAAUAAUAAGAUCUUUCAAUCUAAACUAAUUGAUAUCUCUCCAUGGAGCAAAUUUGUGUUUUCAUAAAAAUAAACAUUUAAUAAUAACAAAGCAAGAGGGGGACAUCUUAGACAUUCUUUUCCUGUAUUUAUCCAAAUGUUCAGUUUAAAUCCAAACUCUGCCCAUCUCCAAACAUACCUUAACUGUAAUGUCCAUUUUAUACCAACACUUGUCAUGAGCUGUUAACUCCUUGGCCACUCUGAUUAGAUUUAUUUAAACCUCUUGCUAUCAGAUUCAAAUGAUUUUAUUUCCUUAAGUGUGGCCAAAUUCUGUCACAUAAUAUGUAAGAUGUGCAGCAGUUUGACUGACAAAUCUGUUACUUAAUUAGAUAAUAUUAAUUUUAUGUAUUCAAGUGUUUUAUGGACUGUCAUUGACUGCAAUAAAGAUUCUGAUUCCAAAGGUUCAAUACAUUACUUAUUAUUACAUGAUCUCAUAUAAAUUGUUUAUUUCUGUUCGUUUCAGUCCAGAGAUAUUUAUGCUGACUGGAACUCCUGGCCUUUCUGUAUUUGGGCCAUAAGGAGAUAUGAUCCAGUCUGUAAUCCAUGUUAAGCAACUGGCAUGAUAGUACAGUUUAAAGUUGAGAGCCACCAAUCCACUUUGUUCAUUCAAAACCUGCAAAAUAUUAAAUUUAAUCCUUGGGGGUUUUUUAAUUGGACCAUACGUUGUUCAUUAUGCCAGUCAAUGAAUACUUUAUUUUCAAUAUGUAUUGGAAUCAUAUGGAAAAGAAAGUAACAUUCUAGUAAAAUAUUCAUUUAGAUGAUUGCAAUUCUUCCUAAUCAAGAAAGUUUAUUUUCCUCCUCUGGAAACAACUGCUGUUGUCUUUUUCCAGCUCUUCAAAUAAUUAUUUUUAAAUAAAUGAUUUUUUUGUAUUUAACCUUUUCUCAGAAGUGUUAAAAGUCAUUACUAGAUGCAGGUAUUGUUUUUCUUCGUCUGUUAGAUUCCAUGUCAAAGUAAUGUCAAUAUAUAUGCUAUUAACAGUCUUUUGGUUGAGUGACUGUGAGUAUAUCUUCAUUGGCAUGUAAUUUCAGUUUAUAUUCAUGAGUUGCUAGUUUAACUCCAGCAGUUUUAUUUUCUUGAUGUAUUUUCAUUGCCAGUGGUUCUAAUACCAGUACAAAAGAAGGGGAAAGGGGACAAUAUCAUCUUGUCCCCUUCUAUAGGAUGCAUUGUGGUGAUAAGUAGUAAUUUACUAUUAUCUUGCUUUUUGUUCUUUAUAAAUAUUUUGUAUCCAUGUGAAAAAAUUAAGCUACAUCUCUUUUUUAAAACUGCAAGCAUAAAAGACCAUGCUAGAUUGACAAAAGCUUUUUCUACAUAAACAAAGAUUUUAGCCACUUUUUUGUUGUUUUGAUUUAAUCAAUAACAUUCAAUAAAAGUCUAAUGUAUGUCAUAUAUCUCUACAGAACAA